AAAAACGCAACAAAAUAGCCAACAAACCACUAUACAAAUCACUCCCAAAAAGUACACAACCAUGAACUUCCAAAUUAUUUUAACUCUUACGUUAAUGUAUUUAACACUUUGUUAUUCAAAAAAUGUUCCUCAUUUUAAAGCUGAAGACGUCGGAUUAAUUGUUCACGAAGCUGAUAUGCCGCAAGAUCUCCAAGAUUUUGUUGUAAAAACAAUGAAAGAUGGUUAUUAUUACUAUUACAUCAGCGUUUGGCAAAUCGCAGCUUACAUGCAUACUCAAUUACAAAAGAAUUAUAAAAAUUACACUUGGUUGGUUUCCGCAAAUUACGAACAAAUAGCUUAUCCUUAUUAUCACAAAAUGUUAUUAUCCCCAGCAAUUUACGAUCAUUAUUAUUUAGUAACAGGGUUAUUAUUAGAUUGUUAAUUUUUUCCAAAAAAAAAAAAAACUUGAAUCAGUUAUCUUGUUUUUCAUCAAAAUCGGAUGAAAAGAUAUUAUCCCAAUUAUCAGGAAAGAUUAUCAUUUAUAAGUGUUUUUUGUAAUUUAUAUCAUAAGUGUUAUUUAGAGAGGAGGUCAUUAAAUAAUUAUUUGAAAUAA